AUGGACCAGAUGACAGAUUCACCCGCAACGUCUCGCGGGUACAUGUCGUCAAAUGAGCCCAGAAGGGCAGUCACCUAUCGAGCAUCCUGUGACGCAUGUCAGGACGGCAAGGUCAAGUGCAGCCAGGGUAAACCGACAUGCAGAAGAUGCGCCAAGAAGGGCGUCCGUUGCGUCUACAGCCCAUGGAGGCGUAUUGGCAGGCCCAGGAAAGCACAACUGGCGUCGAGGGAGUCAACACGCCAUGAUGAGGAGCAGCCGGAGUCUUGCAUAGCAGGACUGACGCCUUGCGGCAGUCUCGCAGAAGGCCAACAUGAGAUUGUUGCCGACGCGCUGUCAGGUCUCAGUCAAAGCCAUGCUGCGGCCAACUCUACAGCUGCACUACAGAAUGAGCCGGAUAGCUCCAGCUCUGGAAGAACAGGCACUGAUCUGGGUAGUGUUGCUACCCAGACGCCCGGCGCGUUGUCGUCCAUUCAUGUAUUACCAGGCGCCAAUGGGGGAUACCCACACCCUGCGGCGAUUCCAUGGAACGGGGGACAAGAGAACGACCCGGGAUGGGAUGACAUUGCAAGGAAUAUGCACCCCCACGAGACAGGCCCGAGAAUAACACCAGAGGCGUUUGCAAGUGGCCCGACUGAGCCAAUUACACCCGACGCCGGGCCGGACUGCUGCGUCGCCAUCCUGACCCGGACCGCGAAGCUGGAACAGGCAUUGGCCGUAGAAUCAUCUGCGCCGCCGAUUCACUUCAUCCUCGAGGCCGAGCGCGACACCCGCGCCCUCAAGAACAGCCUCUUUUCCUGCCGGGGCCAUGUCCGCCGUGGGCUAGCCAACGACAAUAACAACGCCGACGACGCCCAAAACUGUCUCUCGUCAAGCCGCCCCGUUCUGCAUUACCUGUCUCUACUCAUAGACCGGAUCGUUGGCCUGCUCGAGGCGUCCUUCCGCCUCGCAGCCGACGCGGGAACGGCCAUGCAGGACGCCUCCUGGUCCGGCAGCGAGAUCCCCCCCCACGUCGGCGAGGCGUCUCGAUCGCUGCUUCCGUGGCCUGUUGGAGGGGCCAUGCGUGUUCCCCCUGCCGGCCGGGAACCUGGAGCUGCGCUUGGGGGGUUACGUAGUGGAUAA